AUGUUCCUUCAAAAAGUUUCACGACAACAAACCAAUAUUGAAUUGGACGAGAGUCAUGGACUCAGAAACUACACAACACAAAAUGAAAACUAUGUAAUGAAGAAUUUUACAGAGUUCUCACCUGUUGAUAGCUCGAACUUUGGAUUAGUUAAUCAUAUAGAAUUUCAUCCGACAAGGAAUCGACAAUUCCUCAUCACACAUAAAAAUUCCGUACAAAUAGUUGAUGAAGAAUAUAAAAAGAUUAUUCGAUAUACUAAAUUUCAAAGAGAUUCUCAAUUAUAUAGUGCAAGUUAUAGACCAGGAGAUGGUUUAUUGUUUGCAGUUGGUACUAAUAGUGGUGUUGUUAAACUUUUUCAAUCCUAUGACAAGGAAUUGACAGCACAAAGAUUGAACCAACCAAUUAAAAUUAUUUUCACAAGCUCAAAGAAUGAACAUGAUUAUACAGCUAUACAAUUAACUAGAUUCCUCUCUCAACAACAUUCUGACAAUAUUUUAGCAGGUAGUGAUGAUGGUGUUGCUAGAUUAUUUAACAUUAUUUCAGGAAAGAAGGUCAGAGAGUUUUCAAGACACUCUGAUUACAUCAAGGCAGGAUGUAUCUUUAGUAAUGGAACUGAAAGCAGCAAUGAUAUUUCUUCUUCACCAGAUUUAUUUGCAACAGGUGCUUACGACCAUCUCAUUAAGGUUUGGGAUGUAAGAGAAUCAGAUAAUAGUGCUUGUGUCAUGCAAUUCGAUCAUGGUGCUCCAGUUGAGUGUGUUGUUAAACAUCCAACUGCUCCAAUCAUGUACAGUUGUGGUGGAAAUUACUUUAAAGUUUGGGAUCUUUUACAAAGAAGGGAAAUGUUAACCAUGCAUGGAUCUCACCAGAAAACAAUUACAUCCCUUUCACUUGCAUCAGGUGGUGGAAAUUAUUUAAUGACCAGUGGUUUGGAUAAUUUAACAUGUUUCUUCAAGAUUGAUGAAAAUUAUAAUCAAAUUCACAACAUUUCAUUUGAUGGACCAGUUAUGGCCAAUGCCAUUUCAAGAGAUGAAAGACAAAUUGUUUUGGGAUUGAAUGGACCUGCUAGAGUUUUGAAAUCUCAAAGAAUUGAUAGAAAAGUUUUAAGAGCUGAUAUUUAUAGAGAAGAAAUGACAAAGGAAAACUAUAAGAACUUUGUCAAUAGUGCCUUGUUAAAUCAAAUUUUCGAAAUGCAAGAAGAAAUAUUCUUACCAGGAAAAAGAUCUGUAAAUUUAUUACACUUCAAGUCUCAACUCUCCAAAUAUAAUUACAAACUUGCUUUGCAAAAGGCCGUUACCAAGUUUAAGGAGCAACCUGUCAUUGUUAUGAGUUUGAUUGCCGAAUUGGAAGUUAGAAAUGAAACCUUGAAUGCUAUCAAUGCUAUGGAUGAAACACGUUUGUCCAAUGUUUUACAAUUUAUCAAUAUGCACAUUAGAGAUCCUAGAUUUUCCACCUCCCUCAUUCCUUUCACACAAAUUGUUCUUAAACAUUAUGGCCAAGUUGUGGGGUUGAGUGAAAAGGUUGAUAAUCUUUUGAGAACUUUGAGAAAGAAGAUUAAUCAAGAAAUUCAAGCACAAGAAAAAUUAUGUCAACUCAAGGGUAUUUUGGACAUGUUAAUGAUUACCAAUUUGAGUUACACUCCAAAGCCAACUGUUGAUUAAUAAAUCAUUUUGCU